GGGCAAAAACGGUGCGGGGCGUGGACUCAAUCUUUGUCCAAGAAGGUCCGCUGAUAUUGCUUACUUUCCAUCAAUUUCCGCUCUUUCCCCUUUCUCAAGUCCAUCGCUCUGCUACAAACCCAAGCUCCUUUCUAUUCUUUUCAGCGUUCAUUUCAAGUCCAAGCUUUCGUUUCUUCUAGAGCUUUCCUGAUUUUUGAAGAUCGAAGAUGACCACCAUGGAGAGCUUGAUCGGCUUGGUUAAUAGGAUCCAGCGAGCAUGUACGGUGCUCGGUGACUAUGGCGGCGGCGAUAACGCUUUCUCUUCCCUUUGGGAGGCUCUUCCCUCUGUCGCCGUCGUCGGUGGACAGAGCUCGGGGAAGUCUUCAGUGCUCGAGAGUAUAGUCGGUCGUGACUUUCUUCCCAGAGGAUCAGGAAUCGUGACGAGACGGCCUCUGGUAUUGCAGCUUCAUAAGACAGACCAAUCGUCACAGGAGUAUGCUGAGUUUCUUCACCUGCCUAAGAGAAGAUUCACGGAUUUUGCAAUGGUCCGCAAAGAAAUUCAGGAUGAAACUGAUAGAAUAACUGGGAAGACCAAGCAGAUAUCUCCUGUUCCUAUUCAUCUCAGUAUCUACUCUCCAAAUGUUGUCAACUUAACCCUGAUUGAUUUGCCCGGUUUAACAAAAGUUGCAGUCGAGGGACAGCCUGAAGGUAUUGUUCAAGACAUUGAAACCAUGGUUCGAACAUAUGUUGAGAAGCCUAAUUGUGUCAUACUAGCUAUAUCUCCAGCCAAUCAAGAUAUAGCAACUUCAGAUGCUAUAAAACUUGCUAGGGAAGUAGAUCCUUCCGGUGACCGAACAUUCGGGGUGUUAACUAAGCUGGAUCUUAUGGACAAAGGGACUAAUGCUCUGGAUGUUCUUGAAGGAAGAUCUUACCGGCUGCAACAUCCUUGGGUUGGAAUUGUGAACCGUUCACAAGCUGAUAUAAACAAAAAUGUGGACAUGAUUGUGGCAAGACGCAAGGAGCGUGAAUAUUUUGCCACUAGUCCAGACUAUAGUCACUUAGCGAGUAAAAUGGGUUCAGAGUAUCUUGCAAAACUUCUUUCACAGCAUUUGGAAUCUGUAAUCAGGGCUCGAAUACCAAGUAUCACUUCUUUGAUAAACAAAAGCAUUGAUGAACUUGAAUCAGAGAUGGACUAUCUUGGUAGGCCUAUUGCUCUUGAUGCUGGGGCUCAAUUAUACACCAUAUUGGAACUUUGCCGUGCAUUUGACCGGAUAUUCAAAGAGCAUCUAGAUGGAGGGCGACCUGGAGGUGAUCGUAUUUAUGGAGUUUUUGACAACCAGCUACCUGCUGCUUUGAGGAAGCUUCCCUUCGACCGGCAUCUUUCUCUGCAAAAUGUGAGGAGAGUAGUGUCUGAGGCAGAUGGUUAUCAACCACACUUGAUAGCCCCUGAGCAAGGUUACAGGAGGCUCAUUGAAGGGGCAUUAAAUUAUUUCAGGGGACCAGCUGAAGCUUCUGUGGAUGCUGUUCACUUUGUCCUGAAAGAACUUGUGAGAAAAUCUGUAGGGGAAACUCAGGAAUUAAAACGCUUUCCCACCCUGCAAGCUGAAAUAGCAGCAGCUGCUAACGAGGCCUUGGAGAGAUUUCGGGAUGAGAGUAAGAAGACAGUUGUCCGAUUGGUGGAUAUGGAGUCAUCAUAUUUAACGGUGGAUUUCUUCCGGAGGCUUCCACAGGAAGUAGAUAAAGCAGGAAAUCCCGCAGCCACAGCCACAGCCUCAAAUACAGAUCGGUAUGGUGAGGGCCAUUUUCGGAGGAUAGGGUCAAAUGUUUCCUCAUAUGUUGGAAUGGUGUCAGAGACACUUAAGAACACAAUUCCGAAGGCUGUGGUUUACUGUCAAGUUAAGGAGGCAAAACAAUCAUUGCUAAACCACUUUUACACACUGCUAGGGAAGAAAGAGGCAAAGCAGCUCUCGCAAUUGUUAGACGAGGAUCCAGCGUUGAUGGAAAGGAGACAACAGUGUGCUAAAAGGCUUGAAUUGUACAAGGCAGCAAGGGACGAGAUAGAUUCUGUAUCAUGGGCCCGAUGAUACUUGCUGUGUAUUACAAUAUCAUAUAAUUCCUAAAAUGAAUCAUCCACAUUGGAAACCAGCAGUAGUAUAACUUUUGUUGAUUGUUUGACAGCUUAGAUUCUUUGUUAGAUGUAUUCUGGCUGUUAUGCUAUUCUUUAUGACUCUGGAAAUCUCGUGAGGGGUUGAAUAUUUAUGUAGCAAAGUAGUGUUACGAAUGUUUGAGUUUAUCUAUCUAUUUAGCUCUUUCCGGGCCUUGCUCUCUACAUUUUCCUUGAUUGCGGCUCAUCUAUGCAUCUCUGAUUUGUAUUAAAUUUUGAUAAGGUUGGAAUGUAGGAUUCAAUCCCAUUUGUUUGGCA